GGCUUCCGGUGCUGCGCAGUUUCCGGAGCGGAUCGCAACCCGGAGUCCGGAUCCGAUCCCGCUCUGCACAUUCCAAAGGUGGCGGAGAUGGCCGAGGACGGGAGCGAGGAGAUCAUGUUUAUCUGGUGUGAAGACUGCAGCCAGUACCACGACUCCGAAUGCCCCGAGCUGGGCCCCGUGGUCAUGGUCAAAGACUCCUUUGUGCUCAGCAGGCGAGGUCGUCCCUUCCCUCCAACCUGGAGAUCAGACGCCUGGAAGACGGAGCCGAGGGGGUGUUUGCUGUGACCCAGCUCGUCAAGCGCACGCAGUUCGGCCCAUUCGAGUCGAGGAGAGUCGCCAAGUGGGAGAAGGAGUCUGCGUUUCCACUGAAGGUGUUCCAGAAGGACGGGCACCCCGUGUGCUUCGACACCUCCAACGAGGACGACUGCAACUGGAUGAUGCUGGUGCGGCCGGCGGCGGAGCCCGGCCACCAGAACCUGACGGCCUUCCAGCACGGCAGCGACGUGUACUUCACCACCUCGCGCGACAUUCCCCCUGGCACCGAGCUGCGCGUGUGGUACGCGGCCUUCUACGCCAAGAGGAUGGACAAGCCCAUGCUGAGGCAGGCCUGCCCCGGGCUCCAUGCCGCAGGCACCCCCGAGAACAGCACCCCAGUGGAGUCGGAGCCCAGCCAGUGGGUGUGCAAGGUGUGUUCGGCCACCUUCCCAGAGCUGCAGCUGCUGAAUGAGCACCUGUUGGGCCACUUGGAACAAACCAAAAACGUCCCCCCUGCCUCCCAGCAAGAGUCAGCACCUGAGAAGGAAGCGGAAGCACCCCGGGGAGAGCCUCCCGCAGUUCCCAAGAGUGUCAGUGCCGCCAAAGAGCAAAAGAAAAAGCCUCGAAGGGGCAGGAAACCCAAAGCAUCAAAACCCGAGCAGCCGCUAGUCAUUGUUGAAGGCGAGGAGCCAGCAGAGCACGUGGCAGAGAUCAUGACCGAGGUGGAGCCUGUGACCUCGACGACGACGGACGAGCGGAUCAUGGAGCUGGUCCUGGGGAAGCUGGCCACCACCCCCACCGACGCCAGCUCCGUGCCAAAGUUCCCCCAUCACCAGGGCAGCACCAUCACCCUCAAGAGGAGCCUCAUCCUCUCGGGUCGGCCUGGCAUCCGGCGGAAGCUGGUCCGGCAACUGGGGGAGCACCGGCGGGUGUACCAGUGCAGCCUCUGCAGCAAGAUCUUCCAGAACAGCAGCAACCUGAGCAGGCACGUGCGCUCACACGGUGACAAGCUCUUUAAAUGCGAGGAAUGCGCCAAGCUCUUCAGCCGCAAGGAGAGUCUGAAGCAGCACGUGUCUUACAAGCACAGCAGGAACGAGGUCGACGGCGAGUACAGGUACCGGUGUGGCACCUGCGAGAAGACCUUCCGCAUCGAGAGCGCGCUGGAGUUCCACAACUGCCGGACAGAUGACAAGACGUUCCAGUGUGAGAUGUGUUUCAGAUUCUUCUCCACCAACAGCAACCUUUCCAAGCACAAGAAGAAGCACGGGGACAAGAAGUUUGCUUGCGAAGUCUGCAACAAGAUGUUCUAUCGCAAGGACGUCAUGCUGGACCACCAGAGGCGGCACCUGGAAGGAGUGCGGCGGGUGAAGAGAGAGGACGCGGAGGCCGGCGGGAACCUGCUGCGCUACAGGAAGGAGCCAUCCGGGUGCCCGGUGUGCGGCAAGGUGUUCUCCUGCAGGAGCAAUAUGAACAAGCACCUGCUGACCCACGGCGACAAGAAGUACACCUGUGAGAUCUGUGGGCGCAAGUUCUUCCGCGUGGACGUGCUCAGGGACCACAUCCAUGUCCACUUCAAGGACAUCGCGCUGAUGGACGACCACCAGAGGGCGGAGUUCAUCGGCAAGAUCGGGAUCUCCUCCGAAGAAAACGAUGACAACUCCGACGAGAGCGCAGACUCGGAGCCCCACAAGUACAGCUGCAAGAGGUGUCAGCUCACCUUUGGCCGCGGGAAGGAGUACCUGAAGCACAUCAUGGAGACGCACAAGGAGAAGGGCUACGGCUGCAGCAUCUGCAACCGGCGCUUCGCCCUCAAGGCCACCUACCACGCGCACAUGGUCAUCCACCGUGAGAACCUGCCCGACCCCAACGUGCAGAAGUACAUCCACCCGUGCGAGAUCUGCGGGCGGAUCUUCAACAGCAUCGGGAACUUAGAGCGGCAUAAACUCAUCCACACAGGUGUGAAAAGCCACGCCUGCGAGCAGUGCGGGAAGUCCUUUGCCAGGAAGGACAUGCUGAAGGAGCACAUGCGUGUCCACGACAACAUCCGGGAGUACCUGUGCGCCGAGUGCGGGAAAGGCAUGAAGACCAAGCACGCGCUGCGCCACCACAUGAAGCUGCACAAGGGCAUCAAGGAGUACGAGUGCCGGGAGUGCCACCGCAAGUUCGCGCAGAAGGUCAACAUGCUCAAGCACUACAAGCGCCACACGGGGAUCAAGGAUUUCAUGUGCGAGCUGUGCGGAAAGACCUUCAGUGAGCGAAACACGAUGGAAACGCACAAGCUCAUUCACACGGGUGAGUGGGGGGGGCUUUGGGAUGGAUUCCCCCCCCCCACCCCAAAUGUAAACUUUUCCAGACUCUCUGGCGCCCUUCUGCCUUCACAGUGGCUCCUCCUCCCCCGCCCCCAACAUUCAGCCCGUCGAAACUUUGAAAUGUCCAUCCUGGGAUUUUUAAACAUUGGCGCAGCCACGGGUUCUGGGCUCCGUGAUGGGGGAGGCCGCUCAUCCUUGGCUGGGCCGUGCUGCUGGUCCCGUGGUGCGACCGUAGCACGGGUGACCUGGCCGGCGACCCUGGCUGCGCGGGUGGAGGGUGCCCCCACUGACCACCCCGCUUCUCUCCCUCCCCGUGUGUGGGAAGUGGGCAAGCAGUGGACGUGCUCCGUGUGUGACAAGAAGUACGUCACCGAGUACAUGCUGCAGAAGCACGUGCAGCUCACCCACGACAAGGUCGAGGCGCAGAGCUGCCAGCUGUGCGGGACCAAGGUGUCCACCAGGGCCUCCAUGAGCAGACACAUGCGACGCAAGCACCCCGAGGUCCUGGCCGUGAGGAUCGACGACCUGGACCACCUCCCAGAGACCACCACCAUCGAUGCCUCCUCCAUCGGCAUCGUCCAGCCUGAACUGAGCCUGGAGCAGGAGGAUUUAGCCGAAGGGAAGCACGCGAAAGGCGCCAGGAGAACCCACAAGAGGAAGCAGAAGCCGGAGGAGGAGGCGGGGGCCGCGGGCGCCGAGGACGCCAGCUUCAGCGAGUUCUCGGAGAAGGAGGCCCCGUUCCCGGGCGGCGUGGGGGACGAGACCGACUCCGCCGUGCAGAGCAUCCAGCAGGUGGUGGUGACGCUGGGCGACCCCAAUGUGACCGCGCCAUCCAGCUCGGUGGGCCUCACCAACAUCACCGUCACCCCCAUCACCACCACGGCGGGGACUCAGUUUACCAAUCUGCAGCCGGUGGCCGUCGGGCACCUGACCACCCCGGAGCGCCAGCUGCAGCUGGACAACUCCAUCCUGACCGUGACCUUUGACACCGUCAGUGGCUCGGCCAUGUUGCACAACCGCCAGAACGACCUCCAGAUCCACCCGCAGCCGGAAGCCUCCAACCCGCAGUCGGUGGCCCACUUCAUCAACCUGACCACGCUGGUCAACUCCAUCACGCCCCUGGGGAGCCAGCUGGGCGAGCAGCACCCGCUCACCUGGCGGGCAGUGCCCCAGACGGACGUCCUUCCGCCCCCGCAGCCGCAGGCGCCCCCGCCCCAGGCCCCGCAGCCCCAGGGCCCGGCCGAGCAGCAGCCGCAGAUGUACAGCUACUGAGACGCGUUGCGGGGAGGCUGGGAGAGCGCUCCAGACAGGUGGUUGGUUCGUUUUGCUUUAUUGUUGAGGUUUGUUUGCUAGAUAGCGAGCAAAAACCACGUGCACUGCAGAGGGUGGGGAGGUCGGCUUAGCUUUUGCCGAGUUACCUCCCGAUCCCCCAGCAGCCGUCACGGUCUGUCACUUAGCUCCAGAAGUGACCGCCGGCAGGCCAGCCAUCCCCAGGCUUCCCUCCCAGAACCUGGAUGGAUGGACACAGGGUUGGGGACAGUGAAACGCAGAGAAGCCGCAUCCUAAGAAUGUGUUGUCGGGGAGGUAGGAGGUUGGCUUGUUUUCUUCCUCUAGCGCGCAGCUCCUGUGGUCCAGCGUAGCACGUGCUGCAUGAGAACAGUUUCCUCCUGCUCCCGGACUUUUCUGCAAACAGCAGACACAAGUUCAAGUAGCUUUUUUCCUCUUUGUUUUAUUUUGGUUUUUUAUUUUUUAUUGUAGGGCCACACCCACAGCGUAGAGCUGUUCCCCAGCCAGGGGUUGAAUCCGAGCUGCAGCUGCAGCGACGCCGGAUCCUUUUAACCCGCUGCACUGGGCGGGGAUCGAACCCGCACCUCCACUGAGACCCGAGCUGCUGUAGUUGGAUUCUGAGCCCCCUGCACCGCAUUUCGAACUCCCUUUUUCCUCUUGGAAAUUUGAGUUGCAUCAGAUUCGCUCUGCCGACCAGCCUGGGCCAAAACCUGGUGGGAAGGUGCCCUGUGUGGCCAUGCCCUCCUCCUGCCUUAGGGGUCAGUGUGGCCAGGGGCCCGGGAGGUCACUGACCAGGGCGUCUUCGUAAUAGCAUUUGUGCAUCAAUUUUCGGUAUGGUUUUUUCUUUUAAAAAGAACUUUAUCUCCCGCAUAUAGUGUGUACUUGAGACUCUGGCGAGGCCACGCCGUCCUUUGCUUUCUUGUCACACACGGAAGUCGUUUGCACUGUAGGACUGUGGGUCCACGUCCAGCUUUACACAGCUGCCCCAGUGCUGGGGACAGUUACGUGCACGGCGCCAGCCUCACGCUGCCCCUUCUGGAGGCUUCUUGCAGCUGUCUCAGGAUUCUCUGCCAUCCAAAUAUAUUUAUUAUGGCUGAGGCUCAGCCAGAAUCCCCUGCACGGAAGAACAGGGAAGAAAUUCAUGUCCUCUUUGUGUUUAAACUUUUAAUUCCAAAGGUUGAUGUGUUUCAAGACCAGUGUUCUAUGAACGUGUUGACCGAGCUGGGCUCUUUACAGCGGGAAGUUGAGGCUUUUCUGAACCACGAAGACAGGGCUGUUUCCUGCCAAGCAGUAAAGAAAGCGGACGAGGUUGUGGGCUGGCAGCAGCUGCAGUGUCCCGCGUGAGCGGCCGCCUGCUGGUGCUGAUCGAUGGCACCUCUGCCCCCUGGGGACACGCGCCUCACACGUGGGCACCUGUUUCAGAGGGGCGGGAGCUCAGGGCCAUCGAGGGGGCCAUCAGCAGCCGGGCCUCCCGCCGCCCCGCCCGGGGCACAGCAAGAGGCGUGGCGGGACGCGUGAUGUGCCCUCUCCUGGCCCUUGAGCGCCGUCCAGAAUGAACUGGAACACUUGCCGUGCGCGGUCCUGAUGGCUCCUUGUCCCCGAUCCCGUGGGAUCUGGGAGAGCGCCUUGGUCACGAGCCAGCAGUGGAGAAACGAGGCGACCAGCCGGGCUGCGGACGCUCUGUCCCGCCACACGCGACGUUCUCAGCCCCUGGCUCUGUUCCCAAGAGGAGGGUCGCGAGGAGAGGGCUUGACAGGUGCAGCCACGCAGCACGUGAGGGGGCCUCCGAGUCCGCUGUCCACACGCAGCUCCCCGGCACGCCCAGCUCCCGCCUCUUGGUUGACCUGAUGGUGGGGGAUUGUUUGCCUUUUAAUUUAUGAUAAUUAUUUUUAUGUUAUUUAUGUAUAUAAUUAACUGCUUUAUACGUAAUGGGUUCGUCCAAUGAACUUGGGCCGGGGUGAUACUUUUCUAAGCAUCGUCUCCUUCUCCAGAUGGGAGUAGACCAGGUCUCCGUGGGAUCCUCAAGAGCUCCAGGGUUCCUAGGGUGUUUUUUUAAAAAUCCCUGGGAGGUCCCUUUUGCAUUCAUAGAAUAUGAAGGACAGACGACCAAGUGAAAAAUCCAGACUUGCUUCAACACCCGCUAGCAUUUAUCUUCUCUUCCUCUUCCCUGUGAAGUAAAGGCCUUUGAAAUCACAGUUUUAUUUUUUUAAAAGACGUUGUUUUUGUGCCUAGAGCAAGGAUGCAUCAGAUGUUUUUAAAGGGCCUAACUUAGGUCGUGGGCCCGAGACUACUACCACUGUUUAUUUAAAUACACAGAUGCGUAAUAAUUCUUCUUGUUGUGAUAAAUGAGAACUCUAAAUAAAAAUCAAAUUUACUCCUGA